GGGGCGGGCGGGCCCGGACGUCCUCCCGGCGCCAUGGCGGAGGCGGGGGGGUUGCUGAGCGGCGGCAGCGAGCGGCGGUGCCGGGAGCGGUUGGCGGCGGCGGGGGCGGCUCGGCGGGGCGCGGCGGCGGCGGCGGCCGCGGUGCUGGUGCCGCUGUGCUCGGUGCGGGGCCGCCCCGCGCUGCUCUUCACGCUGCGCUCCCGCCGCCUGGGCGGGCCCCACAGCGGCGACGUCAGCUUCCCCGGGGGGAAGCGGGACCCGGCGGACGCGGACGCGGUGGCCACGGCGCUGCGGGAGACGCGGGAGGAGCUGGGGCUGGAGCUGGGAGCCGAGACAGUCUGGGGGCAGCUGCGGCCGCUGCCCGACCGGCAGGGACAGCUGGUGGCUCCUGUUGUGGCCAACCUGGGGCUGCUGGAGAACUUGACAUUGACUCCCAACCCUGACGAGGUGGAGGAGAUCUUCACGCUGCCGCUGGCGCAUCUCCUGCGGGAGGAGAACCAGGGCUACACCCAUUUCCGCACCGCCGGCCGUUACAGCUACACCCUCCCCGUCUUCCUCAACGGGCCCCACCGGGUCUGGGGGCUCACGGCCAUCGUCACCGAGAUGACGCUGGAGCUGCUGGCGCCCGACCGCUACCGCAGGAAGACCCACAUGCUGUCCCGGAGCCCCUCAGUGUGACGUGGGAGGGGACAGGGUGGCCCCCAGGGGGUGUUUUUUGGGGGGUGUGUACAAGCAGAGCUGUCCCUGUCCCUCGGUUCUGUGGCUUCUUGUAUUGCAGGGUGACUCUGCCGUGCACACGGGGAUGGCGGGAGGGGAUGGUCACAGGGAAACCGCUCUGUCCCCCAUCGGUGCCACUGCCCCCAGGGUUCCAUGGGCCCUGGUUGAUGUCACACACUGUGAUUUAGUAAAAAAACCCUGUGUUUUUGAACCAUU